UCUCUCACACUCUCACACACACACUUUCUCACUCUCUCUCACACACACUCUCUCACACACUCAUUCACUCUCUCACACACUCCCCCACUCUCUCACUCACUCUCUCACACACACUCACUCUCUCUCUCACUCUCUCACACACUCACUCUCUCACACACACUCAUUCACUCAGUAAGAAGUGCGGAAGUAAGCAGUAUUUAUGGUAAGUGUUGAAUAAGACUUAAAGCUCAUGCCGAAGACCGAACAGCGCGACUCCAGGUAACUUAAUUUUUUCCCACUGGAUCUGGACUCAACCUCAGUGAUGGCUCGGAAAAUUAAUCACAGGAGGCAGGGAAGCAUUGAACUAUUGGAAGCUAUCGGGGUGGUGAAAAAAGAAAAUGGCACUGGGAGCCUUUCUAUGCUUCUUUUGCACUCUCCAAAGUCCUUUGACUAUGUUCUGGUGGCCCAGGAAAUGGAUAAAGAUACCAGAAAAGAAAGCUACAAGAAGAAAUCGAAUUUCAUCAGUGCUUUGAAGAACAAAAACUUACAGAUAACGAAAAUUGCAGAUAAUGACAAAGUUUUUUAUGGAAUCACAGCCCCAAAAGAGAUCUUUGAGACAUACCAAUAUCUGCUUAAAGUAUCAGAUGCAUGUAACUGGAGCUCUUUGCAGCAGGGGCGUAUACCACAGUCAACAAGAAUACGAAUAGUUGAACACAUCCUGCACCACACCUGUAUUGAAAGUAAUGGUGUUCCAGAGUAUCUGUCAGACCUCAUUAAACAGGAUGUAUUUCGGGCACAGUUUUGUCUCCAUGAGAAAGAGGAACAGAAAGAACUGAGAAAGAAUUGGGCUAGAUGGACUGCCUGUUUUAAUGGGCAACCGAUAGCUGAUGUAAGACACUACUUUGGAGAAAAAGUGGCUCUGUAUUUCCUCUGGCUGGGCUGGUACACAUUUCUGCUCAUCCCUGCUGCACUGCUGGGGGUCAUAGUCUUCCUUUAUGGCCUAUUUUUCUUCAACCCCAACCCUCUAAUACAGGAGGUGUGUGAAUCAAAGGUUAUAAUGUGCCCAUUGUGUGAUAAGAGAUGUAAGGUCUGGCGGCUCUCAGAUACAUGCAUGUACGCAAAGGUGAGCACAUUGUUUGACAAUGAAGGAACAGUUGCAUUUGCUAUGUUCAUGGCUGUUUGGGCUACUGUGUUUCUAGAGUUCUGGAAACUCCACACAGCCUCAUACGUCUGUGAGUGGAAAGUUUUUGACUGGUGUGAAGAAGAGGAGGAGCUGAUCCUGGAGAUAGUGAAUAAUCGUAAUUGCAAGUCUAAAAAGUACAGUCACUCAUACCUGCGCAGUACACUAAUAAUGGUGCUAAUGACGCUCAUGUUGCUUCUGAUCAUUGGAUUGGCACAGGCCAUUGUGGUGUUCAGGGUAAUAGCCAGUGUAGAGUUUGCUAAGCACACCAAAUGGCCUUUUCUUAGUGAACAUAGCAAUACUGUGGCUUUCAUGCUGGGAGCAGUGCUGCACUUCCUCACAAUAACCAUCAUGACCAGGGUCAAUCGCAAAGUGGCCAUUAAGUUAUGCGAAUUAGAGAAUGUGCGUUCACAUGCUGCUGUUGAACGGAGCUUUACAUUGAAGAUGUUUACCUUCCAGUUCUUCACUCUUUUCUCCUCACUCAUAUACACUGCAUUCUUUCUUGGCAGAAUAAACGGACAUCCAGGUGGAUAUGUGAGGAUAGCAGGAAUCUGGAGAUUAGAGGAGUGUCACCCCAGUGGAUGUCUGACAGACCUGUUCAUUCAGAUGUCCAUCAUCAUGUUGCUCAAACAGUUCAUCAGCAACGUGUUUGAGUUUUCAGGCCCCUGGUUCAAGCGGUGGCUGAAAAGGCGACGGAGUCGGAAGAUAAGGGUUAGACAGUGUUCAGAGGGCUGUUUAGAGGGUACUAAGCUGUGUGAAAACUGUGAACUUAAGGACUUGCUCUGGAACUUUGACCUUAAUAAUGUGGACUCAUUCAGCCUCUUCAAUGAAUUCCUAGAAAUGGUACUCCAGUUCAGUUUCACCACCAUCUUUGUGGCUGCAUUUCCUCUGGCUCCUCUGCUCGCUCUGCUUAACAACAUCAUUGAGAUCAGAAUGGACGCUAUUAAAAUGGUCAGUCUGGAGAGAAGACUGGUUCCCAGGAAGACUAAAGAUAUUGGUGUUUGGACAGAUGUUCUGGAAACAAUUGGUGUGCUAGCUGUCAUUGCCAAUGGGCUAGUCAUUGGCAUAUCCUCUGAUUUUAUCCCUCGGCUGGUGUAUCGUUACCGCUAUGGACCCUGCGCUAAUUUCAAUGCUAGCGGUGUUGAAUGUAUGUCAGGUUAUAUUAAUAACACUCUGUCUAUGGCUGAUACAAAUGAUGAAAACAUCAGAAAAGACUUUUUCCCCAAUCAACUCAUUCACAAUGGCAUGAAUGUGACACACUGCAGCUAUAGAGACUAUAGGAGUAAUGAUGAUUACACCUUGACCAAUCGGUUUUGGGUCAUUCAGGCAGUCCGCUUUGCCUUUGUUGUCAUUUUUGAGCAUGUUGUGGUGCUGUGUAAGUCCAUCGCAGGGUGGUUUGUCCCAAGUUCUCCCUUAGAGGUGAAAAAUACAAGGCUGCAAGACAAACUCGAAAGACUAAAAGAAGAACUAGACCCAGCAAGAGCAAAUGAACGACAAACUUGUUCAAUUAAUGUUCAGAAGACAGAAAAAGAACAAUUAGCAGCAGAAUAAACUGGACUACAGUGUCUAAUCUUAUUAUGAACCCUGUCCAUUCAUGAUCCCAUUUCCAGAAGAUGGAUUGAAGAUGGAUUUGCACAACUGUUUACAGUACUUACUGUUUCUAUUUGAUGCAUUAUUAAUUCACUACUCUAUUGUUAUUCUUUACUGUUUUUGACAGUCUCUUUAAUUUGUCCACUAGAUUUUUUGUAUUUACAAUAUUUACAUAUACUUUUUUGUAU